GAAAGAAGUAUAUAUUUGGGGAAAUGAACUAGCCUGCAGAGCAACUGCCAAUUUGCAGUUGAGAAGAGACAGUGAGAGACAGAGAAAAUAUAUAUGCUGGAGCUGAGAGCAAACGGCCAUCUAUCUAAACAGUCAUUAGAACACGGCACGUGUGUAAGAAUAAAGAAGGACUUAUUUCAGAGAAUUGCUGGAUUUUUCUCUAAUUUUUUUCAUCUGCAGUAGAAAUUCAGACUUUCUUUGUUUUUAAUGAUCCUGGCUGCUGUUUAAAGCAAAAGAGAUGAAUUAUUGUCCUCGCCUUAAAGCCAAGAACAGAGCAUGAAAAUGCUAAACAUACAUUAAGAUAUUUUUACCAAGUAAGGAGAUGUCUUUGCUAUAUUCAUUGCUUGCAAAAUAAAUAAUACCCAGAAGAAAGCUGGUGAAAGAGGCCAUUAAAUGUGGAGUAUACCUUAAAGCCUUUAACUUUUGUUUUUUUAAAGGUUUGCCUUGAUUUGAAGGAGAGAAGUUCACCUGGACACUAAGGAGAUGAAGAAGAUGAUCUUGUGAUCAGCAUGAGGAUGUCAUUGUACCAUCAUUUGGCUUAUAAGCUCGGGAUUUAUUGAUGAUUGUUUCUGUGUGUGAUCUUUCACUGUGAAUCACUGCAUACACUGAUGGGUCUCUAUGCUGACAGAUGUGGGCUGAGAUGUUGCCCUGAUACUUCAGACUUUACAGGCUUCAUAGCUCAGUGAGUUUUAAUUACACUUUAUGGACUUUUGAGCAAGCCGGUAGGAGAGAAUUUUUUUCAACCCAUCCUUUAUGCGGAAAAAGACCUGGUGGGAUUAAUUCAUGUUUUAUCUUGACCCUUUUGUCUUGUCCAGUCCUUAUCUACACUGAAGGAGCUAUUAUUUACACUUGUUUUGUCCUGUUAAGCAUCUUUCAAAGACACUUGGAGUGCUUUCCAGCUCAGCUUUCUAACUCCUGAAGGAUAUAUUUCCCAGAACAUAAUGAGGUGUUGGGUAUGGCUGUUAGUGGCCACAGUUCUGUGCCAGCAGCUUUCUGUUGUCCGAGUCCUGGCAGCUAAAAAGGAACGCAAGAAAGGAAAAGACCCACAUCAGUUCACUGAACCCUUCAAUGUCUCCAUGUCCAACAGUGAGGAGUUACAUGAAACUGACAAGCGUGGACUGUUUGGACCACCAGGACCUCCAGGACCCCAAGGACCACCUGGUCCUCCAGGAAUGCCUGGAGCUGAAGUUACAUAUGAAGUCUUGCUACAGGAUUUCAAACAAUUGCUGAAAGAGGCCACAGAGCGCCGCUUGAUGUCAGGUGACAUCCCAGAGCAAACCAGUGAGAUCCCCCCCAUUGUGUUACCUGUUGAGGACCUUUCUCCUUAUCGACGGGUGGAUGAAGCUUUUCAUUGCAGACUGAAGGGACACGUUAUAGUGGACAAGAAGACUUUGGUGGAACUCCAGAACUUUCAAAUGCCACUGCCAAAAGGGUCUUUUCUGAGAGGAUUUGGUCUGAAUUUAGCGACAGGACGCUUCACAGCUUCUAUUCCUGGGAUUUACCAGUUCUCAGCCCAUGUUCACAUUGAUCACAGUGAGAUCAAGAGUAAGGCACAGUUGCGUCCGCGUGACAACGUGCGAGUCUUAAUAUGCAUCGAGUCUAUGUGCCAUCGAUAUACGUCAUUGGAAGUCAUUGCUGGUUUGGAAAGCAACAGUAAGAUAUUCACUGUUCACGUGCAAGGAUUGUUACAGUUGCAGGUUGGCCAGUACACCUCUAUAUUUGUGGACAACAGUGCAGGAGCUCCGGUCACUGUCCAAAAUGGCUCUGAUUUUAUGGGCAUUCUUAUGGGUCUUUAAGACAACCCCAAGAAUUGCAGAAAGCUGCUCCUUGACUUCAAAAAACAGCAACACUCCAACUUACACAUUCACACACCUGCAAAGAAGGACAAUUUCACAUGGUCCAGUCGAAAUCCGCUCCAGAUUAAAUGCUUGGCAAUUACAGCAUGGGGGACAGAAAUGACAUAGGUCUUUUUUCCUGUUGCUGCCACUGCUGCUUAUAGAUCAUCCCACUUCUUCCCGAGAAACAUAUUUCAGAGAAAAAGCUUUUCAAGUUUGUUUACCAGUGAAGGAGUUAAUAUAUAUACUGUAUAUAUAUCUUCUGGACACUGUAAAAAUAUAGUUUAAAGCAGAGGAACCUGCCCCUCCCUUUUUUUUUUUUUUGCUAUGGGUUGAGACCUGGAAUACGGUGGAGAGCUCAAAAAGUGCUUGUAUUUUAAGACUUUGCUGACACUGAUGAAUCAACUACUGCGGACAUGGUUGACUUUUUGGCGUGGUUCCUGGGUUGAUCAGUGAGGAACCAAUGAAAAAUGAAGAAACAAUUAAAACAGAGGGAUCACAUGGUUAUUCUUGUGACACUAUUAUUUCACAGAUUGUUAGCUCUUUGAGGCAAUGAGCCCUGUAUUGUUUUAUAUCAUGUGCUGCAUACAAUGGCUGUAUGUUAAUAAACAGUACUUUCAUAUUAAUUCAA